AGCUUUACCGAAGCCCGACCCGAGCUGACGCGGAGUCAGGUGGAGCGCGGGCGGCAAAUCAGUUGGUAUCGCCGCCGGAUCACGGCCGCUGUCAGGCGGGGAGAUGAGGAGACUGUUCGGACCUUCUCGGAGUCGGGUUGGCUGUUCGCCGCUGUGGGUUAAUUAUCCGUUUGUCUGUUUGUUUUCUCGGUUCUUAUCGCCGCGUUAAGUGACGUUUUCUCCGCCGAUAGGGAGAGUCUUCGGUUCUCCCGAGUUUCUGUCUCUCUGUCACGGAGGAGCUCCGCGGAAACACCGGGCAGGAGAGAUUAAAGCUGGAAAAGCUGAAACCGGAGUAAAUCUGAUGGUUCCGGAGGAGGCGCGCGGACCCGGUGAGGAGCUCUGAGUCAGAACGCCGGCAGGACUGCAGAACUGGUGAUUGAGGAGCGAUGUUGCAGCUCCUGCUCGUGUCGCUUUGCUGGUCCACUAUUGCCGGAGUUCCCCAGGAGACCUCACACUCUGCGCCCCCCCAGGGAGAUGCCACUAGGCCCUACAUCCAUUACUGCCGCUCUCCAAGCAUGGAGACCUUUACUUGCUGGUGGCAUCCCCUUGACAACGGUUCCCAGGGUGAUGACAACGUCACCUAUAGCCUCAUGUACACCAUUGGCAAGGAGCCUCCAAAAGAGUGUCCAGAUUACGUGAGCGGUGGACCGAACAGCUGUUACUUUGACACAGCGCACACCCUGGUCUGGCAGGUGUACUGCAUGAAAGUGACGGCACACAGCCUCAGCGGGGUGUUCAGCUCUGAGGAACACUGUUUGGACGUGGCUGAUAUUGUGGAGAUCGAUCCACCCUUUAACCUCACCUACACUUUGAUGAACAUCAGUGAGGAUGAGUCGGGUCGCACCGCGGUAGUGUCCUGGCAGUACCCCAUCGCCCAGCAUGUUCACAUAGGGUGGAUUACACUCAUCUACGAGCUGCGGUUCAGACCACUUUCAAAGCCCAAUAAGUGGACGGUCAAAGAGCGUCUACGUGAGCCUCAUCUGGAGCUGCUGGACUUGCCGGUGGGGAGUUACGAGGUGCAGGUGCGCUGCCGCUCAAACAAUAACCACCUAUGGAGCAAAUGGAGUUCACCUCUUACCAUCAAUAUUCCAGCCAGACACUUACCAGAUCGCAUGCUGUACGCUCUUGUGCUAGUAAGCGGCAUUGGAAUCACGACUUUGCUCAUCAUUGGCUUUGGGGUCAUUCCACAAGGAAAGAGGAUUAAAGCUUUUCUCCUGCCGCCCAUACCCAAACCACGCAUCAGAGGAAUCGAUCCCAUGCUUCUGAAGAAGGGGAAGAUGGAGGAGAUCAAUCGUCACUUCUCUCUACACGGCUACAAGCCUCCACAGUACUGCGAGGAGACGUGGUAUCAGGUCAGCAUGGACGACGGUCUCUCCCCGUCUCAGCCGAGCCCACCAUCCAAUCUGAAUAAAGAGCAACAUUACAAGAAUACCUCCUGUAUCCAGAGCCCCGCCUACCCUUACCCAACUGAACUUACCCAACAACUACUUCACACCACUGACAGCCCCAACGCCUACUGCCAAGGCCCCGCCUACUUUAGCGAAGAGGCUUUAGAAGUGGCCCUGCCCCCAGAGAGCCAGCCGUGGGCGUGGCCAGCAUCAGGCAACACCCAGCCAGAGCUGGUGUCGUUUCCAGGUAUGGAUUACAGCAUGAUCCUGAACCCCACCCCCAUAACCGCUGGCACUCCGCCCACCCCGCAUGACUUCUACACUUGCGUCAAUGGAGUAACUCCCAGUGGGGCCGUGCAGUUGGUGCCCUGCGUUUCGAACCCAAUCAAGGGCUCCCCGUAUUUUCAGCUGAGGGAGGACAUGGAGGAGGACGCGGAGAAGAGCAGCCAGUUGGUGGUCUACUUGGAGAAACAGUCGGAGGCUUCGGCAGGGGGUAAUGGGGGUAACCAAGGAGAGACGGAGCAGAAUGAAUUCGCUGUGCCUUUAUUACCCCACCUGACAGAUAGAAGCUAAGCAUUGUGCUGAUGUCAUACACAUGACACAUGAGGACAGUGUGCACACUAAAGGACUUUAUAUAUAUAU